AUGCCCGGAGCGAAGCACAUUGUUUUCGAUAUAGUCGGCACGCUUGUGUCGCACGAGCAUUUCUAUGCCGUCAUCGACCAACGCCUGGGCCCCAAACUUCAGGCCAGCAACAUCUCCGCACGUCUCCUUGGUUUCGCGUGGUUAGAGAGCGCGGAGCGUGAGUACACCUACCUCUCGAUUUCGGGCUCUUACGUACCUUUCGCGAAGGUCUUCGAAUCCAUCUUCUUCCGCAUCCUGCAUUUUGCUGGCGUAGCAGAGCCGCGCAGCGUCGCGACCGAGGAAGAUGAAUGUGUGGACAUAAUGAAGAAGGCUGGCUGGACAGUCUGGGCGUUCACUAGUGGCGACCGUCCAAGAGUUAUGGGCUACUUCGAAAGAGGCAACAUUGACAUCGACAACAACCAUAUUGUGACGUGUGACAACGUUGGUGUGGGAAAACCGGAUCUCAAGGCGUACGAGAAGCUGAUAGAAAAGAUUGGUGUUGACAGCAAAGCUAGUGAUCUUUGGUUUGCGGCUGCACACGGUUGGGAUGUAAGCGCAGCGGGUAGGGCAGGGUUCAAGACAGCGUAUUGCUCGUUGUUGGAGAAGGAGGCAUUAGACGAUGUGUUUGGCAAGAUGGACGUUGUUGCUGCAACGCUGCCCGAACUUGCAGAAAAGGUGACUUUACAGUGA